UUCAGCGGCUGCAGAAGAUCCGAAAUGUCACAGUUGCUUGCACUAGCGCUUUCACUAGCGGUGCUCAGCGAUAUCUCGGCAACAAUCAUCAACGAUAACAUCGAUAAUAAUGACAGUGCCCAGAACGAUUGUCACAGCGGUAAACUGUACAGCAUUGCGCAACGAUCCGCAGCACAGAACGCGUACUUAAAACGGUUAUGGAAAGAGGACUCGAGCUUGGAUUUUUGGCGUUUUUCGAAAUCAUGGGAUCAGGAUGUCGAAGUUUUGGUUCCCAAUGAGGUGGACACCGAAUUCGGGUUAGGCCUGAGGGCACACGGCAUCGAAUACAGAAGUAAAAAUGUUAGUUCCUGUGAACGAUUGGAACAAAUCGAUCGAGCGAUCAACAACCCGUUGGACGUUACCAGUAAGUUUUUGAAUGUUGACGAGAUUAAUGGAUUUAUCGAUUCAAUCGCCCGAAAGUAUCCAAAGUUGGUUGAGCUCUCUACAGUAGGGAGAUCUUUCGAUAACAGAUCGCUGAGAACGGUUACGAUCAGAAACGGAGAAAAACCGUCCAAAGAGGCUAUCCUUAUAGAUGCAGGGAUGCACGCUAGAGAAUGGAUAGCUCCAGCAACAGCUUUAUACUCCAUAAAACGGUUGGUAGAAAAUCCAGAUCUACUGCUGAAUUUUACAUGGAUUUUCGUGCCACUGGCAAAUCCGGACGGUUACCAACACUCGCUCAAGUGGAACCGAUUUUGGCGUAAGACUCGUCGACGGGGAUUUAUAUGUUUCGGAACUGAUCCCAACAGAAAUUUUGGCUUCCACUGGGGAGAGUCAGGUUCUUCAAUCAACGAGUGCAGCUUCACCUACCAAGGACCCAAGCCGUUUUCCGAUUCGGAAACACAAGUCAUCCGGGAUCUGAUGCAUUCCAGAAACCAUUCGAUCAAAUUUUACCUUUCCCUCCAUUCCUAUGGAAGGAUGCUGCUCUAUCCGUGGGGCUACAACCGGGAUCUUCACAAAAAUUGGAAACAACUUGACGCUGUGGCACGGGCCGGUUAUCAAGCCAUGACCAAAGCAUACAACGUGCAGUAUCGAGUCGGCGGAUCUGGCAAGAUCCUGUACAAGGCAGCCGGAUCCAGUGAUGAUUACGCAAUCGGCAUGGCUAAUAUUCCGAUUUCGAUGACCAUGGAGCUGCCACCUUCGAGCGGGGGAUUCCAUCCGCCACAAGCGAAAAUUGAAUCGUACGUAAAGGAAGGUUUUACCGGGAUACACGCCAUGGCAGUCAAAGUGAGGGAAUUGAAGCUGCCCGGGAAGUGAGUC